AUGAAGAGGAAAGAGAAAAGAGAAGAGAAAAGAGAAGAGAAAAGAGAAGAGAAAAGAGAAGAGAAAAGAGAAGAGAAAAGAGAAGAGAAAAGAGAAGAGAAAAGAGAAGAGAAAAGAGAAGAGAAAAGAGAAGAGAAAAGAGAAGAGAAAAGUGAGUAA